CUAAUAGUUAUGUACAUAUAGCUUCACCGAGGGAAACCAGCAAACGAUAGAUACAUAUAACUAUGUAUGUAUGCAUGUAGCUAGGUUAGUUACAUAACGUCGAUUAAAUCGAAAGCUUCUGAGCACUUGGUGACGGCAUACAUUGAUAUUCCACGCAGGGCAGAAAGUACAUACCUAUUUAGCCUACCUAAGAAAACGGCUAACUAUCGAUGAUUUGCAUCAAUCUCAUUCAUCAUCACAUCACAUCCAUAUAUUUAAUUAUACAACGUGGCACAACAUCACCACCCACACCCCAUCACAUCGUAUCAACACAGCAAUAAUGAAGCUGCACCAGCAGAAACUCGUCUGUGUUGGGGCAUGCUAUCUCGAUACCAUCCUCGAUGUGCCUUACUACCCGGGCGAGGACGCGAAAUUACGUGCCACCAGCCUACAAGUCCGGCGCGGCGGCAAUUGCCCCAACACCCUCGAGGUGCUUCAGCAGCUGCUGAGGGAGGAGGAAGGGGAACAACAACGACCCGCCCGCCAUCGCGAAGUCCAUCCGUACCUGGUGUCGUGUCUGCCCAAUGCCGAAGCGCCUGCGACGGCAACCAUAGUCGGCUCGUUUGGGCCAGAGAGCCUGGUGGAUUUUACGAGGUGCGUGUACCGUACAGAUCACACGGAGCCGGCGAGCAGCUACAUCAUACGUAGCAAGGCUACCGGGAGUCGCACCCUCGUCAACUACAACGACCUACCUGAGAUGACGAUCGACGAGUUCAUCGCUGUCGCCAACGAGACCGGCGACGAUGCCUGGUUCCACUUUGAGGGACGGAUUCCUGAGACGACGUUGCAAUGCAUUCGGUAUUUGAGGCAGUCGUUCCCCCAUACAAGAGUAAGCGUCGAGAUCGAAAAACCGGGCCGAGAGGGCUUAGAAGAUUUGGCGGGUGAAGCGGACGUGAUCUUUUAUUCGCGGAGUUGGGCUGAAAAUAAGCGGUACGAGAGUGCUCAGCAAUGCCUGAAUGCCCAAUCGGGCGUGGCCCGGAAAGCGUCCCUCCUCUUGUGUACGUGGGGUUCGGAUGGUGCGUCGUAUCUAUCCCUUCCCAGCCAGAGGGCCGUGUCUUGCCCGGUAGCAGCCUUGUCUGGACAACCAAACAUUUCCGUGGUGGACACCGUAGGAGCAGGUGACACCUUCAUUGCCGGGAUGCUGUUCGGGCUGCUGUGCCACCAGCAAGACUGGGACACCGAGAAGAAAGUCCAGUUUGCUGUGCAGCUUGCUACGUGCAAAGUGCAACGGGACGGAUUCGACGGCGUUGGGGCCGACGUGAUGAAGCACCUUGGAGUGGCGUCUCAGUGAAACUGGACGAUCGGCUAGGUAGGCAUGUUAUGAGAUGUGACUAGCUAGCGAGCGAGCGAGCCGUGGUCGUGUGACGGGGACAUGGUGACCUAUUUUCUUGUUCUUAUUUUUUUUCUUCAAAUUAAUUUUUUGAAACUCUUCCAUCUCUUCUCUUAUCUCGUUCCCUUCCUAAGUAAGCCCAAGCAUAUCCAAGUCCAUGCCUAAGCCCAAGCCCAAGC